UAUGAAAUCGCUUCUCUUGCUCUCUUUACUUGCUUUUGCUGUCGUUGCUGAGUAUGAAUAUGAUGGAGAUGUUAUGGUACUCACAGAAGAAACUUUUGAUUAAGCCUUCAAUGAAUUCGAUUAUUUGAUGUUUGAAUUCUAUGCUCCUUGGUGUGGACAUUGCAAAGAACUUGCACCUAAAUAUGCUGAGGCAGCCACUGCUCUUAGACCUGAAGGAAUUGUUUUGGCUAAGAUUGAUGCCACAGUCUAAAAGAAGUUGGCUGAAAAAUAUGGAGUCAAAGGAUAUCCAACAAUAAAAUUCAGUGUCAAAUAAGCUGUUAAGGAUUUUGAAGGUGGUAGAACUGCUGAUGGUAUUAAGAAUUGGAUUUACAGCAAUCUUAAUCCUGAAAGUGAAUAACUUGAAACUUUUGAAUAAGUUAAUGAGGCUAUUGCUCAAAAUCAUGUUUAAUUUGUCUAUUUUGCAGAAGAACAAAGUGAAAAAGAUAGAGAAUUAAGAAAAUACAAAGAAUUCUCAUUCACUAUGAAAUAACAUUUUGCUCAUACAACAAGCAAAACAAUCAGAGAAGGUCUAAACAUUCCCAAAGGAACCUAUUUUGUAGGAUUUAGAAAUCAAAAGCCUUAUUAUUAUUAAGGAAAACUUUCAUUCCCAAUUAUGAGAACCUUUGUAGAGAAUGUGGCAAAUGAAAGAGUUUAAGAGUAUUCUGAAAAGAAGGAACAAUUAGAUGAAAGAAUAACAAAAAGUAAACCAUUUGUUGUUGUUUUCUCUGAUGAACAAGAAGUUUAAGUAGCUGCCUAAGCUUGGUCAUUCUAAGAUGAAUUACUUUUCAUUAAAAAUGUUGAUGAAGAAUUCACUAGAAAAAUUUAAGUCAGAUCUCAAGAUUAAAAAGGAGUUUUUAUCAUUAAGGGAGAUCAAAGAUUUAAGAGAGUUGAAGGAUAAAGUGUUGGUGAAUUCUUGGAAGCAUUUUAAUCAGGAAAAGCACAUAAAUAUCUUAAAUCAUAAGCUGCUCCAUAAUAAUAAGGAUUAGUAAAAAUCUUAAUUGGAGAUACUUAUGAUACUGCAAGAUCUGUUAAUGAUUCAGUAAUCUUAUAUUAUGAUUCUUAAAAUGAAGAACAGUAUUAUAUUAAAUUUAAUUAUUUAGCAAUGCAGUUCAAGAACAAUUUUUGAAGGUGGCUGAAAGACUCCAAUAAAAUAAAUAAUUAACUUUUAAUAAAAUUGAUUUAUCUUAAAAUGAAGUUAGCGAUUUGGGUGAAUCUGUUGAAAUUGUUAAAAUCAGAUUAUAUAAAAAUAACUAACCAAUUAAGUUUGUAAUUAGAGCAAACAAAAUCUAAGAAGAAAGAUUUGUUAAAUGGAUUGUAGAUAAUGCAGCUAAUUAAGUUGUGGAUCCAAAAGCUGAAUUAUGAUUUUGUGU